CCCAGUCAAAAGCUUGUGCGCGACUUGUGAUUUUGACCGCGUCCGAGAUGGCGUUUCGUGUCGCUCGCUUUCUUACUCGUCCAGUACAUCGCUAUCAACCACGGACUGUAACAUCUCUUGGUUUCCGUCGACAUUUGGCUAUAUCAGUGUCUGAAGGAGCCGAUGAAUCCAAAGGAGAGAGAGCAGCAGCCAAAAAGAAGGAGGAAGAUGACGAGUUUAUCACAGAAGACCUCCUUGAGGACAUUUUGGAAGACCCAUACGAUGGAGACGAUACCGUGUCUGCGGGACACAUGAUGCUCCAGCAACAAAGAGAAACCCUUCACUACCUCCGUCUCAUAGAGCAUGAGAUGCCCAAGCUUGUCGCUUACCGAAAACCAUUUAUUCCCCCAACAUCAGCUGCCCCGCUUGUAGUCAGGUCUCUCAGCUAUGGAGGAGAGCCGCAUCCUGCUACGACAAAGCGUGUGGUGGUAGUGGCUGUGGAUGAUCUUCCGUUGAAGGAUGAAGCCGCUAUACACAGAAUAAAACUGCUUGCAGGGCCAAGAUGGGCACCUCGACCGCCGUUGGACGGUGGUAUCAGCAACCUCGAUAACUGGGGCAACGGGUAUAUCAAAAUAUCAUGCGAGAACUUUCCUCGGCCAGAGAUGAAUCUGUCUUGGGCUAGUGAUACGCUGGGCAGAUUAAUACAAGAGGCCAAUCGUCCAGGAAAGAGCAAACUCGACGAUGUACCCCUUGACCUCCGACAUAUAUUCGCUAGGGCCCGCAAGGCCAAAAAUGGAGAGCAUCUACGAGGCCGUAUCUAUUCCCGACCUACUAUCUACGAUUUCCCGAAGGAAUGGUUACCACCAGCUGCCACUAGCGACAGCAAUUGACCACUAAAUAUAUACUUCAUUGGUCAGAAACGGAUUCAUCAUGUAUACGCAAACAGACGCAUCGGUAAAACCACUAUUCCUUGGACACAAGGCCGCCAGAUCUGAUCAUGUCGAAGAAAUCGUCCUUUUCAACUGUGGCUUCUUUCCCUCUCCCGAUGAUAUUGUCUCGGUUUUUACCAUUUGAUUUUUUUGACUUGUCGGCAGCCGGCGCAGGUAAGGAUGGUUUGCCGCUUCCUCGUGCAGCUUUUUUCUCUUGUUGGACAUUGGUUGCGUCUGCCUGAGCUAGUUGUAUGACAUUAAACAAUUUGACG